CUGAAACAGAAGUCUCCCUCUCUCCCUGAUCAGAGGCUUCCUGUAGGCAGCUGCCCUGUUUUCUAGACGGAAGGAAUGUGACUUUGUGCCACUUUCUGCUGUUUACAUUAAAUCAUAAACAUCAAGGAUCAUCAGACGUUGGACACUUAACUCCCACAGUGACGAGUUUCUCUGCAGCUCCUAACAUAUGAAGGAGUUUCUGAGACAAGGAUUUAACUCUCAAGCAGCAUUGAAAUCACAACAGCUCUUGGAUUCUUAACCAGACAACGGGGCUGAAAAGAGCCAACAGAGAUUCAGACCAGAGAGCUCUUACUUCACAAUAACAGAAGCAACACUCACAUCAAGAUGGAUGAACUUCUCUGACCACAAAGACUUCUCAUCAAAUAAACCUCCCAAGAAGACAGCUGGUACCAACUGAUUUAUACUUUGAUAUUGUGAUCACAAAUUACUUUCCUUCAUCAUAAUGAUGUCUACAAUAGCAUCUGGAUGUCGCUCAGUUAUCAAGUCAGUUAGUUCAGUCUUUUCAACAUCAAAAGUAGAAGAAAUAAAGCCAACCACAAAUUCUGCUGAUUCACAUCCUUUUGAUUUACAACCAAAUAACUAUAAUUCAGAGGAGCCAGAGUGCAGUAAACGGCUUGCUGAUGCUGUUAAAGAAAAAAGCACAAAGCUGAAACAGGAGACAGGGCCUCUCUCUGUUUAUAAAAUUCCCCUGAUAGAAGAAAGCAUCAAUGUGGAGGGGUGUAAACGUUUCAGCUUUGGAAAAGAGUCCACUAAAGGUAAUCGCACCAUAAUGGUUCUUGGAGCAACUGGUGCUGGCAAAUCAACUCUUAUCAAUGGGAUGAUCAAUUACAUUCUCGGUGUUGAAUGGGAGGAUCAAUAUCGGUUUAAGUUAUUUGACGAGGGUCAGUCGAAGUCACAAGCUGAAAGCCAGACUUCUGAAGUCACAGCAUAUAAAAUCAACCAUCAGGAGAGUUUUAAGGUAGACUACUCACUGACCAUUGUUGACACUCCAGGCUUUGGAGAUACAAGAGGCAUAGAAAGAGACAGGAUGAUCGUAGAGCAGCUGCGUAAUCUCUUCUCCGCUAAACUUGGAGUCAGUGAGAUUGACGCUGUGUGUUUCGUCGCUCAGGCUUCUUUAGCACGACUCACACCAACACAGAAAUAUGUGUUUGAUUCAGUUCUCUCAAUCUUUGGCAAAGAUGUGGCAGAAAACAUCAGGGUUCUGGUGACAUUUGCAGAUGGCCAACGUCCACCAGUUCUAGAGGCGAUCAAUGCUUCAGGUGUCCCAUGUCCUAAAACAAAAGACGGACUGCCAGUUCACUUCAAGUUCAAUAAUUCAGCGUUGUUUGCACAAAACAAAUCAUCUGCAGCAGAGAGCAUGAGUGAGGAAGAUGAUGAAGAUGGAGGCUUUGAUCAGAUGUUUUGGAACAUGGGGACAAAAAGCAUGAAGAGGUUUUUUGUUGCUUUAAAUGUAAUAGAGACCAAAAGUUUGACAUUGACAAAGGAGGUCCUCAAAGAAAGACAGCAGCUUGAGAUUUCAGUUGAGGGUUUGCAGAAGCAGGUUAAACUUGGUUUAGCCAAGGUAGAGGAGAUAAAAGAGACAGCUGAACAACUUAAAGAGCAUGAGGCAGAGAUCAGCAGAAAUGAAAACUUUGAGUUCUAUGUCACUAUCACAAAACCUUUUCAGUCUGAUAUUUCUGGAACUGGAAUUUACCUGACCAACUGUCAGCAGUGUCAUUUUACCUGCCACUAUAAUUGUGCCUUUGCAAAUGAUGCAGAUAAAAUACGUUGUCUGGCAAUGACCAAUGGAAACUGUACUCAGUGUCCAGGCAAAUGUGUUUGGAGUGUACAUCAUAAUCAGAAGUACAAAUGGGAGUACAAGGAAGUGAAAGAAAAAACAACAGUGAAAGAGCUGAAAGAAAAGUACCUUGAAGCCACAGAGGCUAAGGCGCCUGUGCAGGCACUGAUUGACAAGCUGAAGGCUGAAUAUAAUGCUGUGCAGGCUGAGGUGGUGGCAUUGAUGAAGAGAUCUGCCGAGUGUCUAAACAGACUUAAAGAGAUAGCACUGAAGCCAAACCCUCUCUCCACUCCAGAGUACAUCGACAUGCUCAUUGAGGGAGAGAAAUCUGAGGCCAAACCAGGCUGGAGGAAACGAGUUCAGGCUCUGAUAGCCAUGAGACAAAAAGCUGAGUACAUGGCUAAAGUAGAGAGAGGAGAGACACUGCUCCAGAGUCCAUCAACUGACUUCCAGUGUUUCAAUCAAGGCCAAACAAAGAACAAUGACAACCAAGACAAGGCCGUUCCCAGCAAUGACAACACUGAGACUUAUACCAACAUAGACCAAGACAAGACCACAUCAAAAGCAGACCAAGAUGACAACGAGGCUGAUACUGACCAAGACAAGACUGAUACCAACAUAGACCAAGACAAGACUGAUACCAACAGUGAAACCAGCCAAAACCAAAAUAGGGCAGAUCCUGAUCCCAAAGAAGUCCAAAACAGAACAAAUAUUAAUGCAGACCAAGACAAGACAGAGACUGAUACCAACCAAGAGAAGAUUGAUCCCAGCAAUGACAAGACUGAGACUUAUACCAACAUAGACCAAGACAAGACCACAUCAAAAGCAGACCAAGAUGACAACGAGGCUGAUACUGACCAAGGCAAGACUAAUACCAACAUAGACCAAGACAAGACUGAUACCAACAGUGAAACCAGCCAAAACCAAAAUAGGGCAGAUCCUGAUCCCAAAGAAGUCCAAAACAAAACAAAUAUUAAUGCAGACCAAGACAAGACAGAGACUGAUACCAACCAAGAGAAGAUUGAUCCCAGCAAUGACAACACUGAGACUUAUACCAACAUAGACCAAGACAAGACUGAUACCAACAUAGACCAAGACAAGACUGAUACCAACAGUGAAACCAGCCAAAACCAAAAUAGGGCAGAUCCUGAUCCCAAAGAAGUCCAAAACAGAACAAAUAUUAAUGCAGACCAAGACAAGACAGAGACUGAUACCAACCAAGAGAAGAUUGAUCCCAGCAAUGACAAGACUGAGACUUAUACCAACAUAGACCAAGACAAGACCACAUCAAAAGCAGACCAAGAUGACAACGAGGCUGAUACUGACCAAGGCAAGACUAAUACCAACAUAGACCAAGACAAGACUGAUACCAACAGUGAAACCAGCCAAAACCAAAAUAGGGCAGAUCCUGAUCCCAAAGAAGUCCAAAACAAAACAAAUAUUAAUGCAGACCAAGACAAGACAGAGACUGAUACCAACCAAGAGAAGAUUGAUCCCAGCAAUGACAACACUGAGACUUAUACCAACAUUGACACCAGCCAAUGACAACUUUUUAAUUCAAUUAAUAUAUGCCAUAGUAUAUGUUACUAUGAUAAUAUUUUACCAUAAAUUAUAUGUAUUUUGCAUGUUUUUGUUUCUGGAUUACAUGAAAGUAUAUACCAAAAACAAUACUUAAAGUUUUGAACACAUUACACAAUUGCAACCAGAUUACAUUGUUCAAUACGAACUGUCUUUUACACAGAGCUGUCAGUACUUUCCUUUUAGAUUGUGUUAGUAACUUUUUUAUAUUUGGAAAGCAAGAAGCUGAUAUAAAUAAUGAUGACUGACAUAUAAAUUAUUUAUGUGUAUUGAAUAACAUUUUAUUGUCCCGCAAACAGAACAUAAACUAAUUUUAAACAGGGACUAGCCUCCAACCUGCAUAUAGCUACCAAGGAGCUGAAAAUAUAAUUUAAUUUAUAAUACAUCUGAAUCUGAUUUUAGUAAUGAAAUUCAGUAACUGAGUUACAUAUUUAAAUUAAAGCUGAUGAACGGGCCCUUGCAGUCCUGUGACUGUCGUGGGGGCUCGCAGCACGACAUUCGAAGCAGUCACACAUCUUAACGACCACCGGACACUGCGCUCAUGGGUUAAGACAGACUGUGUGGUAGAAGAAAAGAUUUAAAGGAUUUUUAUUUGCAUUCUCAAGUUUGACCUCUAGGUGUACCCAGACACCACAUAAUAGGCACGCAUGAGACUCUGUAUCAGACCUUACACUGAAAAUCCAAUACCACUUCCUAUUCCAUUAGGUGGCGCUAUUAGUAUUACUAAAUAUGAGCAUCUUGAUGUGUUCAGGGAGUGAGUCUCAUCAAACCUAUAAAGUUUUGGCUUGUUUGGACACUGCAUGCUGGAGUUAUAGCAACUUCCUGUUUCAUGGCGAAGGAUCGAAAUUCGCUGUGCCGCCACGGGCAGGUCCUUUAACGAAAAGUCAAAAGCUCUCCAACAAUGAUCUUCGAAUUGGACAAUAUGUCACAGACAUAAAGCCACUUCCUGUUUCAUAUUUAACACGCCGCCAGAGCCACGCCUUUAAGUGAAAAUUAAAAGCUGACAUCCAAGAAGCAUCAGCAUAUUCAACAAAUUAUUUUCUGACCCUUUUUUUGAGGGCCAGGUCAACUCUCUAGGAAUAAUAAAUGGAAAAGUAAAUCAUAAUACCACAUCUUGCCUAGAGGUGGCGCUAAAUACUACUAAAUAUGGACAUGUAGGUCUGUUCAGGGCGGGACGAUCUGAUGAAUUCCCUAGGAGGAGUUUGUUAAAGUACGUGACCCCCAAAUCACAAAAAAAGAGAAUAAGAAGAAGAAACAGCGCAAUUUCAAUAGCACCCUUUGGUGCUCAGGCCCUAAAUAUGACAAUAUCUAUGGUUGUUUGAUUCAAUCUUGUGCAAAAGGACUGAAUCCUGUAUUCCAGUCUUUAAGGUCCAUGUUCCAUAAUCCAGUUGCCCCAAAACUCUUAAUGAUUUCAAACCAGUUCCUCUCAAUAAAAUUUUAAUAAGAAAACCUUUGAAACACUGAUAAAGUCAGAAAUCUUAAGGAAAACUAAGCAUGCACUUGAUCCCAUGUGGUUUGCUUAUAUGCCACAUGGAUCUCAUGCUAUACUUUUUUCUUCUACAUGCUUUUAACACAACAACCCCAUAUUUUAAUCGGCUUUAGCAACAAUUCGACUCGCACAACAGUCUUGUGAGAUAAAUUCUUGACUUUAACUUAACUAAUAGAACACAAAGUGUCAAGGUAAAUGGUAUUCUGUCUGAUCGAGUUUGUUAGGAAAGAAACUGUAGGAGAAUUAUAGGGCUGAAGAUGAAUGAUCUGAUGUCAACCGGUUAGACGCCAAUAAGAUUUCAAGAGCAGUGUGGGAACAAUAACAAAAGAUAUGGUUUGGCGGUCAACUGAGCAGGUCAGGACACUUAGGCUUGGUGGGAUACCCGACUAUCUGGACAUUGCGGAUGGUUCUGAGGACGCACCAGAAUUUGAGGAACAAGUGUAAGGAAAGUGACAGAAUGGAAGGGAACCCCAACAGGGGGGACAUGAACUGUGUUACCUGAUGAUGGAUUUAAUGGACUGAACGAUAAUGCACCACACCGAAUUAUGCAUAUGUAAUCAUCAAUGUUUUGUAACCAGCAGUGUACUCGACUAACAAUUACGUAGUGAUUAACAUUUAGGAAAUGAGCAUACAAGUGCAUUUAUAGGCUUAUAUACAAACAUAUGCAUUCAUGUAACCAAUAAGAACUAGAUAAAGUAUUGGGUAAUCAAUGUUUUUGUUGUCUGACCAAUAACCAGAUUAUCUCAUUAUCCAUUGUUUGAGACAUUAUAAGAACAUGUUGUGUUGCAUGAUUCAAAAUGUGACUGGUAAAGUCGGUUGCCUGUGGGCAAAGGGGCCAUGGGGGAAUUUUCCUAAUGCAGGUUUUUCGCUCCCAUACAUAUUUGAACAUGCGAAUUGUUUCAUAUACUCUAUGUACUCUAUGCAUCAUAAUGAAAGAUAUUACUAUCACAGUAGUGUUAUAGUCAUAACUAUAUCCAGAAUAUCAUAUUGUUUCAAAUGUCACCAAAUUUUUUGCAAUGUCAUGUUAUCCAUCACUCAUACAUCACACAGAGUUUUAAAUCACAAUAGUGAUUUCAGGGGGGAUAUGUAGGAGAAUUAUAGGGCUGAUGAUGAAUGAUCUGAUGUCAACCGGUUAGACGCCAAUAAGAGUUCAAGAGCAGUGUGGGAACAAUAACAAAAGAUAUGGUUUGGCGGUCAAAUGAGCAGGUCAGGACACUUAGGCUUGGUGGGAAAUACCUGGAAAUAGGAGAUUGGGUAAGUAGAAAUGGAUACAACACCAAGGCAUACUGCCAAUAAGAGAACAGUGACCUGGGAGAGCAUCAUGGUGUUCUGCCAGAGAAGAAGACCAUGACCUGGGUGUGCGCCAAGAAUAACAGGAUGCAAAAGUUGGUCAGCAGUUAGGCAAGAAUAGUACUACGAAGCCAAAAUGAUUGGAAAACAGGAUGCACAUACACACACAUAGCCAUCUGAGGUAUAAAAGAUCAUGUCUGGUUCUGUGUGGGUUGGUUGUUGUCUCCGUCUAUGACUGCAAGUAGGCCGCAUUGAAUAAAGAGAGACUACCCGCUCUGA